GCUAUGUGAGAAGAAAGCUGAGUUUGUAACUUACUUAACAGGUUAAUAUUCUUUCUACUUCAUGACACACGGCACUCUCAACUUUCAAACACAAAACACUUUGAAUGUUUUUUAAAAAUUGAAGUUUAAAUUUUCAAGUUAAAGAUGGAAAGAAGAGAAAAAUGUACGGAGAAAAGAGAAGAAGGAAUAAUGGUGGAAAAGCUGAAACUUGUGGAGAAGAGAGGAGGAAGAGGAAGGUCUUCAAGUUCAACACCACCACCCACUUGGAGACUUGUUGACUUUCCUUCUUCCCAACAACAACAGUUCCUCAACUUUCCCACUUCAAAAACACUCUCUGCAAGAAAUCUCUGUGCUAAACUCUGGGAAUUUCACUCCCACCACCAUGAGCAUCCUCCCUCUCACCAGCCAGCAUCUGCUAGAGACUCGAGAAGACGUGUUCAAGCAUCAGUUGUUCAGCAGGGUAAAUCAGUUGACAGAAAUGGUUCGGCUCUACAGUCUGUGGCCCCUGCUAAUUGCCUUAGCUCGAUGGAAGUUACACAAGAGUCAUCCAGAGAGUUAGUCAAGGUUCUCGACCGUAGCUGGCGUCUUGAAGAACAGGAUGCGUUGAAUAUAGCAAUAGUGAAAGCUCUGAUAAUGGAACUAGAUCUUUCUCAAACACAGGUAAAAGAGUUACUACAAGAAAAGAAAAUGAAUAAGCAGGAAAUAGAGAGCUUAAUGAAGAAAAUAACAGAAGACAAACUUGUUAACAAGAACAAAGAGCAUGAAAAGAUCAAAGCUGUAGUUCAAUCAGUCAAGGAAGAGAUUGAAGAUGAAAGGAAGUUAAGAAAGCAUUCAGAAAGCCUGUAUCAGAAACUGGCUAGUGAGCUUUAUGAAGUGAAGUCUUUGUUACGUGGUACUCUGAGAGAUCUCGAAAGAGAAAAAAAACAAAGGAUCCUUUUGGAGAAUUUGUGUGAUGAUUUUGCCAAAGGAGUAAGAGAUUAUGAACACGAAUUACGUUCUAUUAUGCAUAAUAGUGCUGAUAAGGAUCACAUUAAAGGUGAUAGCCUUGAUAGGCUAAUACUUCACAUUUCAGAGGCUUGGCUUGACGAGCGCACGCAAAUGAAGCUAGUUCAAGAUGGUAUUGGCAGUGAUCUCCUAGAGACACAUUCAAUAGUUGACAAGUUACAUGUUGAUAUUGAAACAUUUCUUCAUACAAAAAGAUCUAUUGACUUGAAGAGAUAUAAUUUCCCCUCCAUUAAAGAAGUCAAGGAAAUUCACCCUUGCCUACCUUCAUUGGAUUCCUUUCAACUAAAGGAGACAAUAAAUUCACCUCAUAAUUUUGCCGAGGAAGCUUCCAUUGGUACCAACAAGUUUGAACAGAAAAGGACUGCGGAGAACAGACUUAACAAGUGCUUUGUUGAGGGGAAAUCAAGUGAAAUUGGAAGGUACAACAGAAAUCUAUUAAAUGCUCCUAGAGAAACAACUUUGUGUGAGACAGUACAAGGUCCACCAGAAAAUGAUAGAUGCAGGACCAAUAGAAAUAAUUCAUGUCACAGCCUUGAACAGUUAGUUGGAAACAGUUCUUUGUCAUCAGAAGGUGAUAAGGUAUAUCCUGAGAGUAUUUGCAGGGAAGAUGCAUGUGUCCAUUCUUCAGUUACAGUUAAGGGUAGUCCUGUUAAACAGUGGAAAAAAACAUUGUUUGUACCUGAUUUUGAUAAGUCUCAGUCUACUAACAAAUUGCCUCGGGGAGUAAAAGACAAUACAUUUAUGGCAAAACUGCUUGAAGCAAGGUUAGAGGAUCAUAAAUCUCGCUCUAAGCCUAGUAAAAGCUCUUUUUGAUCAACAACUAAACAAGUUUAUGAUGAGAACAUUGGAAUAUUAAUAGUUGCAAAUGUAUUAUUACAUUCUAAGGGGCUACAUAUAUAUUUAAUUCUAAUUCUAGAAUUAACCUUUUGUAGAAUAGAAUCACAUUGUAAUUAUGGUUGGUUAUAACCUGUUCCUUGCUCACCAGUAUUUCCUAGGGGAUUGAGAAGACAUGUUCAAGGAUCCGUUGUUAAGCACCUUAGAUCAGUUGAAACUUGAUUUUUUUUUUUUUUUUGCUGUGGUUACAGCUUGUGUCUCCUGCUAGUGACAGUAGUUCGGUGGAAGUAAGUAUAUACAAAUAUAGAUAGGUUCCAUUUGAAUUUAGAGAAGUUCUAUGACCAAGUAUGAAUUUGAAGGAUGAUUCAAACUCGUUUCUUUGGUUUUUCCAUUCAAGGAUUGCCAUGAUAAAUUUCCUCUUUAUGUUUCUGUACUCCACAAAUAUAGUUGUUUUUUGUGCUAGCUGAUUGGUGAAUUAUACAAAAAAUAUUAAAUUAAA